UAUCUGAAUAUUUAUAGAAUGUGAUGAAUAAGCCGAUAUUGCAGAGUAAACCAUUUAAGAACUCCCUGUAUUGGCUUCUUAAGGUAGCUUUAUAAAGCUGAACAAGCACGCAGUACUAACAGAUUCACUCCCACCUGAGCUGCACAAGUGAAACUUGACCAGAGAUAGAAGUGCGUUCACUCACUACUUUCACUCCACAACCUAUAUUUAACACCCACAGAACACUUAACCCACUCACACAUUCCACUGCAAGGGUUUUGAGUUAGCCUUUUGAAUCUGUUGGGGUUUUGACUCUGUUGACAAAAAAAGAUAUCUUCACAAGUGAUUCAUUAAGCAAGAUUUUAUUCUUCAAGAACAAUUAACAGAAUACAAUACUUCGUUUGUUACACCACAAGUAUUUUUCCCAUCACAAGUGGAUCACUGAAUCAUUCACUCAAUCGAUUUAUUUAACUAUUAUUCGUUUAACGAUUUCUAUUGCGACUGAGUCGGUCACACUGAGGGCGUUUUUAUACAUGGCUCGUUUGGAGCGUUUGUUUUGGAACCUGAUGCGUUUUCUCCCUUAAACAAGUCAUUAAAAUGUGCUUGUCUACAAAUGUACUGAAAUUUCGCAGUGUGUAAGCUACAGAUGACAAAGCAGAAUAGCAGAUAUAGGCCUUAAUUAUAUUUUACACUAUAGAAAAAAGACAGUAAUAACAUCGAAAAUAAAUUCAUAGUUUUAACCAUUUUAAUCAUAAUUCUUCCUCUCCCUUUCUCUCCUGGUGAACGAGAUUGUUUCGCACGACAAACCGAACGAUGCUGGAAUGACUGAUUCGUUUCGUUCAAAAAGAUUUUCCAGUUCGUUCUUCCACUAAACUGUUCAUUCAGUACAGUUAGCAUAUAUGUUCCUUCACAGCCCACACUCGAAUCUUAUUUACACCUCAGCGAACGAAUAUUGAUUGAGUCAUGCAUGACUUUAGAACGAUUCGUUCACUUAAAAGAUUCGUUCAAACCAAAACACCACCAGAUGCACCAUUGAUUUUUCGUUCUUGUUUUGCAUCUUUUUAAUGCAGUGUAUAUAUCUCAAACAAGCUUUCUAAACUGUUAAUUUGAUGGAAUCACUAUAUUCCGCUUAUUGCAGUUGUCUUUUAGCCUACUUAAGAAUUCAGAGGUUUUGUUUAUUGUGGCUCAGUUGCGCGUUUGUAUUUACUCGCGGUGUAGACUGAGGUUCACCAGUAACUGUCCCUCCCAGCUGGUGCAUUUUACUCGGUAAUCAGAUUGUGUGUCAAAAUAUAACGAGCUUCCUGCUUAGACAGCAUUUUAGGCAUCAUAGCUGCGGUAGAGCUACGCUUGGAACGCGUUUACAAUGCGCAAAUCGUUGCACGCGCCCGUGUUGCCCACAGUGCUGCCUAGGUAGGCAGCUCACAAGAUUUUUAACUACAGCCAAUGUCUCAGUUCCGCAAUGUAAAGCGGUAUCUGUCUCAGAAUGUGAGCAGGAUGUGUCAUUACUGGCGUUAUGGAUCUACAAAGCGAGCUGCUGAAGUCCAUCUGGUACGCGUUCACGUCUCUGGAUGUAGAGCAGAGCGGAAAAGUUUCCAAGUCGCAACUAAAGGUUCUCUCACACAAUCUCUAUACGGCGCUGAAUAUUCCUCAUGAUCCUGUGGCAUUAGAGGAGCACUUUAAGGACAAUAAUAAUGGGCCAGUGUCCAACCAGGGCUACAUGCCCUACCUCAACAAAUACAUUCUGGCUAAGGCCACAGAGGGGACGUUUAAUAAGGAAACCUUUGAUGAGCUGUGCUGGACGUUGACAUCAAAGAAGAACUGCAAACCCAGCAUUCAACAGGGCCUGUGUUCACAGAAAGACUGCUUCAAACUCUUCUGUCUGUUCAACCUGCUCUCGGAAGACCGUUACCCAUUAGUCAUCAUUCAACCGGAGUUGGAGUACCUGCUGAAGAAAAUCUCAAGUGCAAUGACUCUGGAGUGGGAUGGGACAUUAUUGGAGGAACUUUUGUCCCAGAAUGUUGAUCUUCAGGACGGUAUGUCAGUGUGGGAGUUCUUGGAACAUUUGAGUGCAGGCCAGCUUUUGCAUGUUGAGAGCAAGGAGGCCUUCAGUCUCGCUGUGGACGAUGUUUUCAUGGAGAUGUACCACAACAACAUCAAGAAGGGUUACUUGUUAAAGAAGGGGCACGUUCGCAGGAACUGGCAGGAGCGCUGGUUUGUGUUGAAGCCUAGUAGCCUUGCGUACUUUGUCAGCGAGGACCUGAAGGAGAAGAAAGGAGAGGUCCUGCUGGAGGAGAAUUGUGUGGUGGAGAAUCUCCCUGAUAAAGAAGGGCGACGCUGCCUGUUCUGUGUGAAGACUCCCAUCAGGACCUAUGAGAUGAGUGCUUCGAACCUGAAGCAGAGAGUAGAUUGGGUAACAGCCAUGCAGACGGCAUUGAGAUUGAGGGCUGAGGGUAAGAGCUCUCUGCAUCAGGAGCUGAAAUUGAGCAGACGCAAGCAGAGAGAAACCCUUCAAAGAAGCCAGAGCAACGAACCCGUUGCAGUUGAGGCGUCGCAGCACUCUACUCCGGAGCAGGAGGCAGAAACAGAGAGAUUGGAGCAACACAUUGAGAGCAUCAUUCAAAAGGGACCAUUUUGGAUCAAGUCAUGUUGUCAAUAUCAUGUGACAGGACAUGACAUCAUUCAGACACCUGCAAAGGACCACUGCAAAAAACAGAGGGAGGUUGAGGCAAAGCAUAAAGAGGAAGAGAAGCAAGAGCGAGAGAAACAGCAGGCAAUACAGAGAGAUCUGGAGAGACAGCUCGAAGAAGCUAAAGAGGCCAAGGAGAGGAUGACAGCUACAUUGACUGAGAUGGAGAAGGAAGUACAGCAGCAGAAGAAGAGGAUCCGUGAAUUAGAACUCACACAAGUUAAACUGGAAGAGGCACUCAACACUCAGAUUCACGCCCGUUUAGAAGAAGACAGAGUCCGACAGGACCUGGAGAGGCAGCUUGCGGAGGAGCAGAAGAAAGUUGCGGACCUUCUCCUUCUUCAAAGUCAGCUGGAAACCCCUGCUGUUAGGAGUCAGGAGGAGCCGCCACCCGAUGAUGACACUUCCACUGCAACAUGUCCCAUCAAUCAGCAACCAGAGGAGAGCAGUCAACACAACACAGAGGAGGUACAUAUCCAUGAAUUGACUUUCACUGCAGCACCACCCAACAUCCAGCAACUAGAGGAGAGUGGUCAACACAACGCAGAGAGAGAAUUGAUGAGUCAGUCUACUUCCACUCAGAUGCUGAAACCCUGGAAAAUUCAGCUUAACCGCCUCAUGAAGCCCAUCGCACCAGGAGACAAAGCCGAGCAUCUGCUAGUAAAGCCCACCUGUCCCAGACGGGGCCAGGCCCUCACUAGCACAGAGUUCAUUGCUAAGGUUCAAACAGGCGUCGGUCAAGAAAAAGGAAAUGGUUACAGCCCAUCACCACCACAAGAAGAGGAAGAAUAGGGUUCCUAAAUCUGUGUUCCUACUGUAUAUCUAUAAUAUUUGUACAUGUUUUGUGCUGUAGGCUUGCCCUGUGUGUUUGAGUCCGGCUGCAGUAGCACCUCACAGAUCAUAUAUGUACAUAGUGAUCAGCUUUUUUAUUAUGUAAUAAGUAAUAUGCACAAAAUGAAUAGUAAAAAUAGAUUUAGGAGUGUUGGCAGCAGAUGCUUUAAAUUAGCAUUUGUGAAUGUCUCAUUUCAAGGCUCCCCCAAAGUAUUUGAAGGCCCCCCAAGAUGUUUCUGAUGCUUUUGCUAUAAUUACAAAGCUGCUUGUUUUCAAAUAUUUGUGUUUACAGAAACUAGGAGUGGCAAUAUAUUAAUGUUAAAAUUCCAGAAGUUUAAACAUUCAAUAACUGAAUGUUCUUUAGCAUUUACACUUAUUAGCAAUGAAUUUACAUGAUAUUUUUGGUUGUUUGUGAUGACUUUUUUAUAUCCACUAAUAGCAAUUUCUCAGCAAUUUCUGCCUAAUAAAAUAUUUAAGAACUUAA